AACUGCCAUUAAAUCCAAAGAAGAAGCAGAGGAACUAAAACGUGUAUUCGCUGACCUGGUUAAUGUGCAAAUCCUCUUUCGGACCACGUAGGUUUGGACCAUAACGAUAUUGUUGGGAUGGAGAAUGACAUCCUUGUCUCUCUUGAGGAUUUAGGGUACCAGGGCCCUCUGUUGGAUGAAGGAGCUUUGGAUUCUGUUGUGAGCAGAGGAGCAGCUUCACCUGAGUAUACUAAGCUCUGUGCCUGGAUUAUUUCAGAGCUUAGACUAUACUGCAAGUUGGAGGAGAAUGUCCAGGCCACAAAUUGUCCAAGUGAGGCAGAGGGAUUUCAGCUGGAGAUGAGUGGUCUGCUGUCAGAGCUUGCAUGUCCUUACUCUGUCCUCACCAGUGGUGACAUCACCCAGAGGCUCCUCAACAGGACUGACUGUCUGCUGCUCCUAACCUUUCUGGUGUCCGAGUUGGAGGCAUCAAGGAUGAUCCUGGUUAAUAAGCCUGAGAAGAAAGCCCAAGAGUCGGGCAGCCCUCUGUUCCAGGAACUGAAGAGCAUAUGCAUGGUGCUGGGCAUGUCCAAGCCUCCUGCCACCAUUACCAUGUUCCAGUUCUUCAGUGGUAUUGAAAAGAAGCUAAAAGAAGCUAUAAGCCGAGUGUCAUCAAAUCAUGUAGGAGAGCCUUUGAUGAAGAAAGCCCUCGGACCUGUCCACUUGGAAAAAAUUGAAGCUAUAAACCAAGCACUUGUAAAUGAGUAUGAAGUGAGAAGAAAAAUGUUGUUGAAACGUCUCGAUGUGACAGUGCAAUCUUUUGGUUGGUCUCACAGAGCAAAGGUGCAUGCUGAAAAGUUGGCCAAACUUUACCAACCACUACGUUCUGCCCUUGGCACCAAAAGUAAGAUCUCUGUUGCCCACCUUCUUGCUGCUCGACAAGACUUCUCGAAGAUCUUGCGUACAAGCAGUGGCAAGAUAAGAGAGAAGACUGCUUGUGCCAUUAAUAAGGUCCUAAUGGGCAGAGUGCCAGACAGGGGAGGUCGACCCUGUGAGAUUGAGCCUCCGCCUCCAGAGAUGCCCUCCUGGCAGAAGCGUCAGGAUGCUCCACUAAGUGGAGGACCCUAUGGUGGGAGUGGACAUGGAGGUGGGAGGGGGGGCUAUGAUCAUUACUCCCAAGGUAGCCGUGGAGGACAUGAGAGAGGAGGCGGAGGAUAUGGAGACAGGGGAGGCAAAGGAGGAGGUGCCAAAGGGGCAAAGGUGCAGGGAAACUGGGGAGACGGAGGCAGCGGAGGGAGAGGCAGUGAGAAUCAGGGCCACUAUCAAGAUGCAGGAGUUCAUCAGGUGGGUGGAGUGAGAGGUGGCUAUGUAGGAGGGAACAACCAAGGAGGCUUUCAGGACCCUGGCUCCCAUGGAGGACGAGGUGUUUACCAUGACAGUUACCACCAAGAUGGAAGCUGGCAUCAGGAGAGGAGCGGUGGGCGAGGAUGUCGGGGGGCUAGGGGAAGAGGAGGUCGAGGAUGGGGUGGGAGAGGGGUGCAGAAUUUUAACCAAGGAGGACAGUUUGAACAGUUCUACCAACAUGGUGGGCAGCACUAUAGCCAAGCUGGCUUUAAUCAAGGCAGACACUACAAUAGUUAAAGACUAGUAUGGGGCAUUAAAGCAGAGUCCACUGAGAGUUGUAUGAAAUGUCAAAUGAGCAUCUGGGAUAUAUACACAUAGAGAGACUGUAUCUACUUGGGACAUGCUGUUUUGGAAUUAUUGUGUUGCUACAGAGGACAGUUCUAAUGUGGUCUUUUGCUUUUUCAUACAUGUGUAUUAAUAUUUUCUCUGGCUUCUCAAUAGUAUUCAAGGUAACAGCUUUACUAUAAAUAGUUGAUUGGAUGAACUGCUAUUUUGACCUCAUUUUGACAUUGUAUGAGCCAUAUAUUAGAUAUUUUUUGAAAGAGAAGAUUUCAGUGUGAGUGCACCUACUGUGUACCUUGCAUUAGAAGUGCACCCUGUUAUUGCAUGUAGGUUUUUUGAAAUCCUCAAUAGUUUCAUUGAAUUUGACAGAAAAACAUAAUCUUUGCAGUCUAUUUUUUUUCCGUUAGAUUUGACUGGAGUCUCUUUUGUUAUUUAUUUCAAAAAUGUCAACUUCUGCUCAUGGAAGAUUAUGUGCAUUAAAAAUUUGUAUAUUGAAAAGCUUACAUGUGUGAAUGAUCAAUAAAAUUUGAAAUGAGAA